AUGGAGACGCUGAAGGUCAACGAGAGCGAAAACAACACUCCCACAGUAGAAGGCGGUGCUCCUCACCGCAAGCCCGAGAAGAAGGACAAGGAGCGCAAAGACCAGAAAGCUGCGGCGAAGUCAAAAGGCACGAACCAGUCACAAGCGUCCAAGAAGGGCGGGCAGGGAGACGUCGAGCUCAAGGGCAUCACCUGCAAGAAGGCCGAGGACCUGUCAGAAUGGUAUCAGCAAGUCAUAGUCAAAGGCGAGUUGCUCGAGUUCACCGACGUCCCGGGAUGCUACAUCUACCAACCAGGUUCAUACCGGAUAUGGGAGUUCAUCCAGGAGUUCUUCAACAAGCGCAUACGGAAGAUGGGCGUCAAGAACUGCUAUUUCCCGCUCUUCAUCACCGAGGCGAACUUGCAGCGGGAGAAGGACCAUAUCGAAGGCUUCGCAGCGGAGGUCGCGUGGGUGACGGAGGGUGGUAAGAAUAAGUUGGAGAAGAGGCUGGCGGUGCGUCCGACGAGUGAGACGGCGAUGUACAGUUUCUACAGCAAGAAGAUCCGGUCGCAUAGGGACUUACCGUUGAAGAUGAAUCAGUGGAAUAAUGUGGUGAGGUGGGAGUUCAAGCAUGCCAUGCCGUUUAUCCGGUCACGGGAGUUCUUGUGGCAGGAAGGGCAUACCGCGCAUUUCUCGGAAGAAGAGGCGGGUGUGGAGGUGCGGCAGAUCCUGGAUCAUUAUGCUGCGAUCUACGAGGAGCUUCUUGCUGUCCCCGUCGUGAAGGGCCGGAAGACGGUCAACGAGCAAUUUCCGGGCGCACACUACACGACUACUGUCGAAGGCUACAUCCCCGCCGUCGGUCGUGGAGUACAGGCUGCGACAUCACACUGCCUCGGCCAGCAUUUCGCCAAGAUGUUCGAUAUUACGAUUGAAGACCCGAACCAGAAAGUCAAAGAAGGCGAAACGCGCGACAAACUCUUCGUCUGGCAGAACAGCUGGGGUUUCACCACGCGCUCGAUAGGCAUUAUGAUCCUCAUCCACGGCGACGACAAAGGCCUCGUCAUCCCACCACGAGUCGCAGACGUGCAAGUCGUCAUCGUGCCCGUCGGCGUGACCGCGAAGACCUCAGACACGGACCGCGAGAAGCUAUACGGCCAGAUCAAGGACAUGAGUGAUAAGCUCGAAGGGGCUGACCUGCGGGUCGAGUGUGACUUCCGCGAAGGCUACUCGCCGGGCUACAAAUUCAACGAUUGGGAAAUGAAGGGCGUCCCGCUGCGCAUCGAGUUCGGACCGAAGGACUCCGCCAACGGUGUAGUGACGUACUCUCGCCGUGACCAAGAAGGCAAAGACACAAUCCCAAUCCCCGACCUUGCGACCCAAGUCCCAGAGCUGCUCGAGACGAUCCAAGCCGACCUCUUCCGCCGCGCCAGCGAGGAGUACGCCGCCCACCGCAAAAUCGUGCGAGACUGGAAGGACUUUGUCCCGGAGCUGAACCAGAAGAACGUAGUCAUUGUACCGCAUUGCACUGGUGGUGACUGUGAGGAUGAGAUCAAGAAGGAUUCUUCUGGGAAUGUCGAGGGCCAGGAGGUCGAUGUACGGGCGCCGAGUAUGGGCGCGAAGAGUUUGUGUAUCCCGGACGAACAGCCGGAGGAGAUCAAGGCGGGCACGAAGUGUAUCAAUCCGAAGUGUGGGAAGGACGCGAAGAUGUGGGUUAUGUUUGGGCGGAGCUACUGA